AUGGCAGUCAACAUCCCAGGACUAGUGGCUGUGUUGGUGUUCUACGUCAUCAUUCUCCUCGUCGGCAUCGUUGCUGGAAGAAAGAAACGGAGCACAAAUGACUUCAUUUUGGCAGGACGUAGUAUGAAUUCGGUGGUGUCUGUGUUCUCCAUAACAGUUGCAUUCGUGUACGCACCGAAGUUACACAGGUUGGGUUGUGUUACAAUGCUAGACCCCUUGCAAAAGAAGUACGGCAAGUUUGUGGGAGGACUGUUGUUCUUCCCUGAGCUGAUGGGGGACCUGUUUUGGGCAGCCGCCAUACUUGCAGCGUUGGGUUCAACGAUGGCGAUCUUGCUGGACGUGCAGUCCUGGAUCAUGAUUCUAGUGUCGGGUAUGGUUGCGGCGGUGUAUACGUGUGUCGGGGGUCUCCAAUCCGUGGCAUACACGGACAUCUUGCAGCUCGUCUUCAUCGUCAUUGGUCUAGUUGUGAGCUUCCCUUUUGCGAUGCAGCACCCGGCUGUAGAUUUCAGUAGCAUCAGCUCCACGUGGACAGGUCAAGUUCCCGUCAACAUGAUAGGAUCCUACAUCGACGUGUGUCUGUUGCUUGUGUUUGGAGCCAUACCGUGGCAGCUCACACCGACUUACGGUGAACACGUAGCAUGGGUGCCCCCUCUCACACCGACUAACAGUCAACACGUACCAUGGGUGCCCCCUCUCACACCGACGAACGGUGAACACGUAGCAUGGGUGCCCCCUCUCACACCGACGAACGGUCAACACGUAGCAUGGGUGCCCCCUCUCACACCGACGAACGGUGAACACGUAGCAUGGGUGCCCCCUCUCAAACCGACGAACGAUUGGAACCAGACAUCGUAUGAAGGGGCGAUUCCUCUCUCUCCUGAGAUGCAAAGUUCCAUCCUGCCUCUCGUCCUGAAUUACCUGUGUCCACUUCCGGUUUCCAUGGUCGGUCUCGGGGCAAUUUCUGCUGCAGUCAUGUCGUCUGCUGACUCCGUGAACCUGGCCGCGUCGUCCGUAGCGGCAAAGAAUAUUUAUAAUGAUAUAUUUCGACCAAAAGCCAGCGAUCGAGAGGUUUUGUGGGUCAUGAGAAUCAGCAGUCUUAUCUUUGCUGGUGGUGCUUGUGCUUUAGCUAUUGUCAGCAAAAGCGUCUUCGGUCUUUUCGUCGCGUGUGGUGACCUGAUAUAUGUAAUUCAGUUCCCCCAGUUCACAUGCGCUCUAUGGGCGAGUUGGGCAAACGGCUAUGGAUCAGUAGUUGGUUUCAUCGUGGCUUUGAUAUUGAGGAUAGGAGCAGGGGAGCCGUUACUGAACUUUCAACCUUUCAUUCGUUUCCCACUUUAUGACGAAGUGUACGGGCAGCUAUUUCCCUUCAGAACACUCAUCGCCAUCAUCAGCUUUGUUACAAUAUUGAGCAUAUCCGCUGCCACCAAUUUACUGUUUAAGAAUCGGAUUCUGCCGGCCAGUCUUGACGUCUUGAACCCUUCAGGACGACAUACCAAAGUGGACACUAAUACCCCGACAAGCACAGAAAAGAAUGGAAUGAAGUCUCCCAGCUCAGAGGAAAUUGCCUUAUAA